GCAUGGCGAGCACGGCCUCGGAGAUCAUCGCCUUCAUGGUCUCCAUCUCCGGCUGGGUGCUGGUGUCCUCCACGCUGCCCACCGACUACUGGAAGGUGUCCACCAUCGACGGCACGGUCAUCACCACCGCCACCUAUUGGGCCAACUUGUGGAAGACGUGCGUCACCGACUCCACCGGCGUCUCCAACUGCAAGGACUUCCCCUCCAUGCUGGCGCUGGACGGUUACAUCCAGGCGUGUAGAGGGCUGAUGAUCGCGGCUGUCAGCCUGGGCUUCUUUGGGUCCAUAUUUGCCCUGUUUGGAAUGAAGUGUACCAAGGUCGGGGGCUCGGAUCAAGCCAAAGCUAAAAUUGCUUGUUUGGCGGGGAUUGUGUUCAUCCUGUCAGGGCUGUGCUCAAUGACCGGCUGUUCCCUAUAUGCAAACAAAAUCACAACAGAAUUCUUCGAUCCUCUCUACAUGGAGCAGAAGUACGAAUUAGGAGCUGCUCUGUUCAUCGGCUGGGCGGGAGCCUCACUCUGCAUUAUCGGCGGUGUCAUAUUUUGCUUUUCAAUAUCUGAUAACAACAAAGCGCCCAGGAUGGGCUACGCUUACAACGGGGCCACAUCUGUCAUGUCUUCUAGGACAAAGUAUCCCGGAGGAGGAGAUUUUAAACCCACCAGCCCUUCCAAACAGUUUGAUAAAAACGCUUACGUCUGAAAGCGUGCCGCUACAACUUUGUUGUAAAGUGAACUGUUCACAGAAUGAUCCGGGGGGGCCCUCCGAUAAUUAACACUCCCCUACUAUUUUUAAAAAUAGGAAUUUGGAGAAUUGGUUGAUUGUGUGGAUGUAAAUGUUCUUACAGAGUUACAGACGAAUCAUUUUCUGUUGUGGCUUUCUAUAAAAAAAAUAAACGUU